GGCAGAGACGAAGCUUCAAAUUGAUCGUGAACGACUUUCCUGAUUUACUUCCGGACAAGACGAAAACAUCAGAACUUUCAUUGUAUUAACUUUAAACUCUUUUCCAUGAAUCCAGACGGAUAGUAGACCAUUUAUUCUUCAAAAUGAGUAAUCAAAGUGAGCUGACCAAACUAAGUGAUGAAAGUCUGGCCAAACCUCCUGAUGAAGUAUUUGAUAUUAUUUGUAAAAUAGGAAGAGGGUCCUAUGGAAGUGUGUAUAAAGCCCUCCAUAAAGAAUCAGGUCAGGUUCUGGCCAUCAAACAGGUUCCAGUGGAUACUGAUCUACAGGAAAUCAUUAAAGAAAUAUCCAUCAUGCAACAGUGUGAUAGUCCAUACAUAGUUAAAUAUUAUGGAAGUUACUUCAAAAACACAGACUUAUGGAUCGUAAUGGAAUAUUGUGGGGCAGGUUCUGUAUCAGAUAUAAUGAGAUUACGCAAUAAAACUUUAACAGAAGAUGAGAUAGCUACGCUGAUGUUGGACACAUUACAUGGUUUAAACUAUCUGCAUUCCAGACGAAAAAUUCACCGGGAUAUAAAAGCGGGAAAUAUAUUGCUCAAUACUGUGGGGCAUGCCAAGUUGGCGGACUUUGGUGUGGCAGGUCAAUUAACAGAUACAAUGGCCAAAAGAAAUACUGUGAUAGGCACUCCAUAUUGGAUGGCCCCAGAGGUUAUACAGGAGAUAGGAUAUGACUGUGUAGCAGAUAUAUGGAGUUUAGGUAUAACAGCAUUAGAAAUGGCAGAAGGGAAACCCCCAUAUGGAGAUAUACAUCCUAUGAGAGCUAUAUUUAUGAUACCCACCAAGCCACCACCAUCUUUCAGGAACCCAGAUAAAUGGUCAACAGAAUUUAUAGAUUUUGUAUCUAAAUGUCUUGUAAAGAAACCAGAACUCAGAACUACAGCAGAGGAACUCAUGGAGCAUGAGUUUGUAAAGUCAGCAAAUCCCAGAACAACGUUGCAAAAGAUGAUACAAGAGGCUAGAGAAAUACUAGAAAUGCAGGCAGGCAUAACGACAAAUGGAGAUGAUUCAGAGGGAGAAGAUGAAUUAGAGGGUGGUGGUACAAUGGUCAGAGGUGACAACAAUACAAUGAAGUCUCAAGGUUCCAGUACUAAUGGCACAGUAGGGACCCUGGUUGAGUCAGAACUGGGUACCAUGGUGAUAAAUGAAGACAGCGAAGAUGAUGGAACAAUGAAACGUCAUGGGACAGCCACUGCUGGUAAGGACGAAUACCGUCCAUCAUACCUUGACCAUUUUGAGAAGAACGAUAAAGAAAAACCUGCAGCUAAACCAACACAACAACCUCAGCAAGUAGCACCACCAUCAAUGUCACCGAAAACAGCCACACCCCCUCAUCACUUCCAAAGGUCUUUCAUUGAUGGCGAUUUUGAAUUUUUAAGAAACUUACAGUAUGAAGAAUUAGAGGCCAGGUUAGCUGACCUUGACCCUGAAAUGGAGAGAGAGAUUGACGAACUCCGAGCCAGAUAUCAAGCCAAGCGACAACCAAUUUUAGAGGCUAUAGACGCUAAGAAAAAUAGGCAAAAAUUCAUAUAAAUUAAACUUUUGACAGUUUGAUUCUGUACAUAUUAUACAUGUGAUAAAAGAUGAAAGAGUAUUUGAUUUUGAAAUGUAGUAAAAAUCAGCACAGUGCAAUUUUAUAGAAAAAAUAAUUCUAUACCAAUUGAAUUUAUUACAUACAAGGUAAUAGAUGUUCUAAUAAAAGUAGAAUGAAAAGGCCAGAUUAAUAAAAGUAGAAUGAAAAGGCCAGAUAAAUAAAAGAAAAAUAUAUUUAUACGUUUUACCUAAGGACAACAGCUCUUGCACAAACGGGAGACAAUUUCACAAAUGGUUUAGUUCUGUAUGUCAUAUUUUUGAAAAUUGUGUUUACAAAUAAAUGAAAAUAGCAUAUGCCAGGGACAAUCACAAAAGUUCAAAGGUUAUCUAUAAAUAUGCAAUCCAUCAGUCUUCCUUAUGAAUAAAUCUUUGAUGUGUCGAUCUCUUACAGUUAUAAAGUAUAGAUGUGAAACAUGUGAAUUUGCUGUUUUUAGUUUUUUGUCAUUUUGUCAAAUUGCGCUUGCUUUUUCUAUAGAUACAAGUUACCUUAAGUAUCUUACAUAUUCUUCUGGUUUAUAUUAUCACAGGAUUCACAGCUAAGGUCAUUAGAAAGUUGAAAAUAUGGGCAUGCAUAUCUUAUAAAUACACCAAUAUCAUGCUCCAGGAUUUUACUUCAACUCGCUUCUUUUUUGUGCAGGUAAACUUUAAAGACGUUUGAAAAAAAUUUCACUUUUAGUCUGUGAUGUCAAAUAUUUUUUGUUCUGAGGCUUGAAAAUAGGGAAAAUAUUUUACAUCUCAACAACAGACAAAAUUGAGAUUGGUUUAUACAUCUAAACUUCUUGCAAAACUAGAAGAUCUGUGCAUUGCAUUGGCAUACAAUUUCCAGCACAGACUUUAAAGAUAUACAGACUGAGGAUGAUGCAGUGUAAUUUUGUUAAUUUUAUGGUGUCAGUAAGCAAGUUUAGUCAGCAUUUGCAUAAACAGCCUAUCACCUACGUGUGAAUUUUAGGCUUAACUGUUUGGCCAACAAGGCAAUCAUCUAUUCAGUGUAUAAGCAUAUGUCAGUAGCUCAUCAAAAAUUAGUUUACCAUGGGUAUUCUAGUUUCUUUUACCAAUAAAAAUGACUGCCAUGAAAAUAACCCCAUAAAAUUUAUGAACAAUGUGAGUUAGGUGUCUUUUAUUAAACAUACUUUGUCUCAUUGGCACUCAUACCACAUCUUCUUAUAUCUAUUGAUGAAAAUAAAAUGAAAAAAUACGGAUCAUAGUCCUAAAAAGAUAUGAAUACAUCGGUUUCAUGGUUUAUGAUAUGUAUUUCUGCUGUGUCAACAAAAUCCUCUAGGCAAAUGGCAAUAAUCUUAAAUAUUUUGCAAAUAAGUAUUUUGAAUAUCAAAUUAUAGCAAUACAUUGUAAAAUAAUUUAACCAAUGUUAAAAUCUUUUCUAUUUGGAUGAAGUGUUAACAUGAGUUUUCCACUACAUUUUGAUUUGUAUGUUUUUUCUAUGUACAUUUUCUAUAUAUUAUUUUUACUUUUUCUAAAAUCUGUUUGAAAAAAUUCUGAGUUUCCCUUGCUGUUUUGCAGUGACAUUUUGAAGUCGAAAAAAUAAGCGUAUAAAAGUUUGUCUAGUCAAAUUAUUGUCAUGACGACUUCAUCUGUUGUUAGAUCAUCAUGUUUAAAAGUUGUUAUUUGAAAAAAUUUGCAUUUAUUGUUAUUUUUUACUUGUAAAAUGCUGAGCAUUUAAGAUUUGAAAUUGUGGGUUUAAAUAAAUAUAUGUUCUGUUAUGUUUCCCUAUGUAAACAGGAUGUGAUUUGUGUGGUUUUCAGACCCUUUUUAGUUUAAUUAGAAAAUAUAUAUCUUGUGUCUAGUCAAAGCAUAAUAUUUAAGUAAACUUACCGGAGAUCUGAAAUGAUUACAUUGUUAGAUUGUGUAAAAAAUAUGAGCAGGAUUUUAAUUUCCUUUUACAAUAAAAGUUAUGAUAUGUAGGUUUUUUCAGACUUUUGAAAUUUUUUAACUGUUUACAUGGAUUCUUAUUUUGCAUACUAGACAGUCCUUUCCUGAUUGAUACACUGGAAGAAAGAAUGAUAUCAGGUCAAGUGGACAAUUGCGGUAUUAAAGUAAAAGUCCAUUAGGUGAUUUGCUGUUUCAGAAUCUGAAAGGACUAUGAGUAAUUUCAUUAUUUGAACCCAAAUGAAAAUGACAUCAGUCAUUGGUUGAAUUUCCAUUGUUUUGUAUGUUUUUAACCAAUCACAACAUUUUUGUGUCUGCAUUUGAAAAUAUUACCCGGAAUGCAUUAGAUUCUGAAAUGACCAAUUGGCAACUGUGUAAUACUAAAUUGGAAAAUGAGGAGGGGUUCUUAAUAAGAAAUGUAUUAAUGAAAACUGGAAAUACAAAGCCAUAUUUUUUUUUUAAAUAAACAUUUGUACAUUCAAUAAAGAUUUGGUGUAUAAAUAUUAUUUUAUCUAUUAUUUUAUUAUGUAAAUACCAAUGUAUAUCUGUGUCAUUUUACUUCUUGGUAUCAUUUGUCAUAUGACUGUUGGAAAAAACACUUGAAUGAUUGUGAUUUUAAAUAUGUAAAUUAGAAACCAAGAAAAUAUUUUUUAGUUCUAACAUUUAUUAUUUUGGGAUUGUUUAUUAAUGUUUUGUUUUUAUUGUGUCAUAGAUAAUGAUUAAAUCAUUUAUUGUCUUAGCCAUUUCUGAGAAAUACAUAAACAAAAUCAGGAAUUAGUAGAUUUUUUUCUUACAAAAAUCACAUGAUUACUUCUUGUUGUCAGUUCCAGGGAUGGAUUCUGGUGGGGGAGAGUAAAUGAUAUUGGCUCAGCUAAAAUUCCCAAAAAUACCAUUGUUUUGACAUUUUUUAAUGUAAUGUCACUUAUUCCCCUUUCAGCACAAAUAAAGAAAGCAAAUUUAUUUUUUAAAGAUGAAACUGUGAAAAAAGUACCCUGUGCAAUAAGAUUGAUCUUCAAGGGAGGUCUGAUUUAAACACAAAAAAUGAGGUAAAAAAUAAAGCCUUGCUAGAUUUUGAAAAAAAAAUGACUGUAAUGUUAUGAAAAAAAGGGUAUAUUUAUGUUGUUUAUGGUUAAUUGUGUCUUCAAUUAAGAGACCAUUUUACUCUUAAGUCUAUGUCAAGAUCUCUUUUUAGACAAAAAGUAAGAAAAUUGUUGCAUUCUCCGUGUAUAGUUUUUGAUUUGAGUAUAAUUUUCAGGAUUACGCUGAAUAUUUCUGACUAUUAUUGUUGAUAACAGAUUGUAUCUAUGUAGAGUACAUGUAUUUAUCACUCAUGAAGUUUUCAUGACCAUAUCAUUUUUUAAAUAAAAUUGAUGCAAUAUUUUCCCAAA